AUGGGGAAUGAUCAGACUACUGUGGGAUUGUCUAAUGAUGCUGUUGUCAAUCAAAUACAGGAGAUUAUUUCAGAUAACUGCGUGGUGAUUUUCUCCAAAACAACAUGCUCCUACUGCAGAAUGGCAAAAAAUCUCUUUGACAGUAUAAAUGUGAAUUACGCAGCUGUAGAACUGGACAUGAAUACAAAUGGAAGUCAGUUCCAAGACGUUCUUGAACAGAUGACUGGUGGCAGAACAGUCCCAAGAGUGUUUGUCAAUGGGUCUUUUGUUGGAGGUGCUACAGAUACUCAAAGGCUUCAUGAGGAAGGCAAACUGCUGCCAUUAAUUGAUCAGUGUCAGGUGAAAAGUAAAUCCCAAUCAGCCAUUUAG